AUGGCGGGUGUAAGCAAAUGCAUGAAGUACUCCAUGUUCAUCUUCAACCUUUUAUUUUGGGUGUGUGGUUGCAUUAUUUUGGGAAUAUCUAUAUGGAUACGUGUUACCGGUGCUCAUCAGAUGGACAGCAGCAUGCUUGCAGGAGCUAAUCUACUAAUAGCCGUGGGUGCCAUCAUUAUGAUCCUUGGGUUCCUGGGAUGUUGUGGUGCUGUAAAGGAGAACCGCUGCAUGCUGAUGUUGUUUUUCAUUGCGCUGCUUCUGAUCCUGAUUCUUCAGCUCAUAGGAGGUAUUUUAGGAGCAAUGAGCAUAUCUAAGAUGGACACAGCCUUUGACCUUAUUCUAAGCGCAAUGACGAGUAAACUGGAAAGUACUGAAAAAGAAGAUAAACCGUAUCAGGAGAACUUCCAGAACAUAGAGAGAGAGUUCAAAUGUUGUGGAGUGACGAAAGGACCUGAAGACUGGGGAAAAAAUUUUAACUCAACCAUGUGCCAGUGUGAAGCACAGGACCAAUCAUCAGACCUCUGCACAAAAUACCAAAACAGAUACAUCUAUAAAAAUACUUGUGGAGAAGUGAUUGUACAACAAAUGAAAAACUAUCUGACCAUACUUAUGGGGAUCUCCUUUGGGCUGGCUGUUGUUGAGAUUAUUGGUUUGGUGUUUUCUAUGAGUCUCUACUGCCAGAUCGGGAGAAAAUGA